AUGCAAGGACUAGCACAGGCCACCAUGGCAGUGGUUCCUGGAGGUGAUCAGCUCUUGGAGAAGUCUGUUAUAAAAUCACAAAUGUGGAAUGAGAACAAAGAGAAAUUCUUGAAGGGGGAACCCAAAGUCCUCGGGGCUGUACAAGUUAUGAUUGCUCUCAUAAACUUCAGCUUAGGAAUAAUAAUUAUGAUAAACAUGCAAGUUUAUGGACCAAUCUUUUCAGUGAUCUUACUGGUCCCAAUUUGGGGACCUAUAACGUUCUUUACCUCAGGAUCCCUGUCAAUUGCAGCAGGAGUAAAAACUACAAAGAGCCUGGUAUGUGUUUUGGUUUAUUUUGCUAUCAAAAGGGAAUACUUUUGUUAA